GUUCUAGCUGUUUGGUCGGUCAGUCGUGCUCUGUAUAGUGCACAGACGGUAAGUACAGGGUGCCGGGCUCAAGUGUGGCAGUGUGUGCGCCCAUAGAUUUCGGGACGCCGUGUGAUGCGUGAUCACAUCGAUGUGUAUGACACGAAGCUGACUGGAGUAUUGAAUCUUGCAUCACUGAAUUUUUUUGUAGUAAGAGAAUUAUUCUAGGAACAAGAACGAACUUACACUAUAUUGUCACCAGUGAUUUAUUUACUUUGGAAACAAUCCUGCGUUGACAUGGACCUCAGACAAGCGUUUCCUCUAACUGUAUUAUUUAUGGUUUCUGCGGCACCGAUCUCCGUAUCCGCACAGGAGUACGUCAUGGUGGAUAUCGAUGCUGGUACGCUGAGAGGACAGAUCAGAACAACGUACACAAAUAAAACCAUGUAUAGCUUUGAAGGCAUACCUUAUGCAGAACCGCCCGUGGAUAAUCUUCGGUUCCAGCCUCCUGUGACCAAGGGAGAAUGGAGCGGUGUUCGAGACGCACUCCAGCCUGGAUCGGCGUGUCCACAGCCAGCCAAUGGUGCAGCAUUCGGCAGCGAGGACUGUCUGUACCUUAAUGUUCACAGCCCGUCGUUAACUUCGUCGAAUGGGACUCUAAAAGCUGUCAUUGUUUGGAUACAUGGCGGGUGUUUUCUAAGAGGAAGAAGUGACACUUGGACACCACACUUCUUUGUGGAUAACGACGUAGUAUUUGUCAGCGUAAAUUACCGGCUCGGAUUACUGGGUUUCUUGAGCACUGGCGACGACGUCGUUCCCGGAAACAUGGGUCUUAAGGACCAAACAGAGGCGCUCCGCUGGGUGCAGAGGAACAUCGAGGUCUUUGGUGGCGACCCGGAGCGAGUCACCCUUCUCGGCCACAGUGCUGGAGCUGCAUCCGCUCACUAUCACAUUCUGUCUCCCCUAAGCAACGGUCUUUAUAGGAGCGCGAUAUCCAUGAGCGGGUCGGUGCUUUGCCCUUGGGCCUUCUCCAAGAAUGCCACUGACAGGGCCCUACGGUUUGCACAGUACUUGGGAUACACUGCCAAGAAUUCAUCUGAUCUUGUAGAUUUCCUCAAGACUGUUGAUGCCAAUAUCCUUGUGAAGGACGUUCACAAAGCUCUUUCCGACGAGGACGCACUGAGUCUGACCACCUGUGUGUGGGCGCCCAGUGUUGAACCGGAGCACGAGUCAGCGUUCCUGGUGGAGGAUCCGCACUUAAUGGUGCAGGAGGGUCGAUACAAUUUCGUCCCGUACGUAACUGGAUCGACUGAUCUCGAACAACUUUCUCAGACACAGCCUGGUGGGCAGUUGUCCACAGAAGAAGAAGUGUCGAAACUAAGUCAAAGCUUUGACGAAACAAUAGCUUGUGAUCUGCGACUUCCGACGAGGGAGGAACAGCUGGGCGCUGCUCAGUCAAUAAAACAGUUCUAUUACAACGACAGUGACAUUACACUGCAGAAAAACUACACCACGGCUCUGCUGAGUUCGCAUCUCUUUUUUGUGGAAGGAGUGGACGCUGCGAUCAGAAACAUGGCCCAGUACUCUUCAGAGCCUCUGUACUACUACCAGUUUGCCUACAAUGGUCCGACUACUCAGUUCCCAGGUGGUCCAGGUGCGGCUCACUAUGAUACUGUGGCUAUUCUGUUCACAACUAAAACGCCGGAUGCAGACCCAGAUGGAAGUAUGAUCAGGGACCAAAUGAUAGAAAUGUUUGCAAAUUUUGCAAAAUACGAUAACCCAACUCCAGAGGAUGCAUCGAAUCUGACUGAGACUUGGUCGACGUACAGUGAAUCAUCGCCCUUCUAUUUAAAGAUAACAUCUCCUUUAAGCACAGGAACGAACAUGGAUGAGCCCUAUAUGAGCUUCUGGCACGACUUACUGUCGUGAAUGCAAACACUAUAAAGUUAGUUUUGUGAAGUAUGUUUCCUCUUACUGCCACCAAUCACACUGGAGCCCUCAAGGACGACGUAUUAUCGGAAGUGGGUACAAAGUUUUCCGUCAUUAUUUAAUUGUACUUUUCUUCAUAUGUAGAAAUUGCAUAAAUGUAUUGUGGUUGAAGAUUAUGAAUUUGUAUUAAAUAUUACUUUACAUAUA